AAAACAAACUGAAGUUCAUACACUGAAAACGCCAAGAUGAUGAUCGGAGAAAGAUCCCGUCACUCAAAUCCCACCGUCCACGUCCCUCCGUGGUCUUUCGACAAUCCAACGGCUGAGAUUUCUCUCUCCCACAGCCCAAACACAAACCCUAAUUACUUGGAAAAUGAUUAUUCCUUCUUCCUGAAGAACAACUCUCUCGCAAAUAUCCGCAGAUACAUACAGUCCAAUCUCGGCGAGAUUGAUGAAAAUGAUGUUUCUGAUGAUGAGAAUGACGAUGUUUCGGUGGAUACCUACGCGUGCGACAACUUCCGCAUGUACGAGUUUAAGGUGCGGAAGUGCGUGCGCGGGAGAUCACAUGAUUGGACAGAGUGUCCGUACGCGCAUCCGGGCGAGAAGGCCCGGAGGCGGGACCCGCGGAAGUUUCAUUAUUCGGGCACAGCCUGCCCGGACUUCCGCAAGGGGAAUUGUAAGAAAGGAGAUGUUUGUGAGUUUGCGCACGGGGUGUUCGAGUGCUGGCUACACCCCGCGCGCUAUAGGACUCAGGUUUGUAAAGAUGGGCAGGCGUGUAGGCGAAGAGUGUGUUUCUUCGCGCACACGCCAGAGGAGGUUCGGGUACUGAGCCCUCGGGCUUCGUGUCAAACACGAAGCCCGGGGGAUUCGUAUGACGGGUCGCCUAGGCGGCUUUGUUUUGAGGCGGAGUGUUCGCCGAAUGAGUCGCCGCCUUUGUCGCCUAUGGCAGUGAGUUCGCUGAGCAGGUCGUUGGGGUCGAGUUCGAUUGGGGAGAUGGUGGCGUCGUUGCGGCAGUUGCAGCUUAAUAAGGUGAAGUCUAUACCCACUUCUUGGGCUUUGCAGAUGGGUGGUGGAUCACCCGGGUCGGGUUUGAGCCGGGUCGGAUUUAGUAGCUUGCCGAAUACUCCGACGAGGUCUGUGACCCGACCCAGAUCCGGGUAUAGUGAUUUUUGGGAGAAGAUGAAGCUGGAUGAGGAGGUGGAGGAGGAGCCUGUGAUGGAGAGGGUGGAGUCGGGUAAAACUCUGAGGGCCAAAAUGUUUGAGAAGCUCAGCAAGGAGAAUCCUCUGGAUCGGGUCGACCCGAAUCCGUCUGAUGCUCCGAACCCGGAUCUUGAUCUUGGAUGGGUCUCUGAUCUGGUCAAGUAACCAUAUCCCCUUGUUCAUGAUUUUUGGUUGGUGGGUCGGGUCGGGCCGGGUCAGGAGCAUGAAGUUGGUCUCAUCCUCUCAAUAUGUGUGUGUGUAUAUUAUAUGGUUAAGCAUGUAUUUUGGUAAGCAGCAAAGGAGAAGAUUCUGAUUCUGUAUCAAGUUGGAGAAAGAUUUGGAUUAGAAUCUUAAUUUGCCAAAAGUGAACAGACAUGCAACCUGGGUGGUGGAAUUUUGUAUAGACAUAAAUAGUAAAGAUUAAUGUUUGCCUCAUGGCUGCUAACCAAGACUCAGGCCGAUGAAAAUGGAUGUAUGGAUCUUAAUUUGUGUACUCUUUAGUGAUUAUUAUCAUGACUCUUGCUUAUUUUUGCUUAUUAUGAUUAAGAAGCAAUUAUGCUCUUAAUUAAGACUCCUCAUGUAUUUUUCAAUCUCAAAUGUAAUGAAUCUUAUAAUGUAAUGAAUGAAGUAUUAUUUUAUUAUCA